GGAAGUGUGGCCGUCCUGGCGUUGUCCUAGACCUCCCUCAAAGGGGCCCAGCCAGCCUGUCUGCCACUGCACACCUCUGUCCCCUCUUGGUUGAGCUCCAGGGCACAGUGCCAGCCCCAGCCCUCUCCUCUGCCCCAGCAGGUUUCACCCACCUUGCUCUCUUCCGCAGCUAUGUCGGACUUCCAUGUGCACCCCCAGGCCACCGUGGGCGAGGAGGGUGGUGUGGCCCGCUUCCAGUGCCAAAUCCACGGGCUUCCUAAGCCCCUGAUCACGUGGGAAAAGAACAGAGUGCCCAUCGACACAGACAACGAGAGGUACACGUUGCUGCCCAAGGGGGUCCUGCAGAUCACAGGCCUCCGGGCCGAGGACAGUGGUGUCUUCCACUGUGUGGCCUCGAACAUCGCCAGUGUCCGAAUCAGCCACGGGGCCCGGCUUACGGUAUCAGGCUCGGGCUCCGGGGCCUACAAGGAACCCAUGAUCCUAGUGGGGCCUGAGAACCUCACCCUGACGGUGCACCAGACUGCGGUGCUGGAGUGCGUCGCCACGGGUAACCCACGCCCCAUUGUGUCCUGGAGCCGCCUGGAUGGCCGCCCCAUCGGUGUAGAGGGCAUCCAGGUGCUGGGCACGGGGAACCUCAUCAUCUCUGACGUGACCGUGCAGCACUCGGGUGUCUACGUGUGCGCAGCCAACAGGCCAGGCACGCGGGUGAGGAGGACGGCGCAGGGCCGGCUGGUGGUGCAAGGUAGGACGAUGUCCAGGUGGGAGGAGCAGCCUCCUGCCCUGUUCCCAGCUCCUCGGCACCCUCUGUCUCCCCAGGCCCCAGGCCAGGCAAAGGCAGAGGCUCUGCGCCCCAGGAACAUGUGUUGGGGACACAGCCUCUUGGUGCCAGCCCUGCCCCCCCACCCCAGGAGUCCUUGCCACUUUCUGUCUCAGCUGGUUGUCCCCACCCCUUGUCACACAUCCCUCCCCCACGUGCCAUCUCAUUCACACAUGUGGCCCUGCCGCACUCACACCUGCCUGCCUGUCAUUUUCACACCCUGCACAGCCGCACUCGCCUUGCAUGCAACGCCCCCCCAGCCCUGCCCUGGGCUCGAUGGUCGCUGUGACGGGGCUUGUGGUUCCAUUUCUGGGGGUGUCCCAGGUCUGCUCCUGCCUUGAGAACAGCAGAAGGCACAGGAGUCGGGGAAUUAGGAACUUCAAUGUGUUUGGCUGGCUUUCCUGGGUGCCCUUAAUCCAUCCAAAUGAAGGUGACGGAACGUUCCAUUUCUGGGUGUUAAUGGAGGCUGGAGGCUGGGAUCGAGUGUGGGGACUGGGGAACCGGGACCCAGGGCUCAUCCGUCUCCGUCGUUACCGUCCAGGAGGUACAGCCAAACCUAUUAGCACAUUUAUUUAUUUAACAAUUUCCUGAGCGAGGAGCUCAGGUCGAUUACUCUCAGAUACCAAUGUCUGUCUUUUGAGUAGUUGUUAACAUGGAGUCCCCUCUGGGGUGAGCGAAGGAGGGAGCUGGAGGGGUCACCAGGAGUGGCUGCGUGGACCCCACACGCUUUUCUGUGCUCCAGCACCAGCCGAGUUCGUGCAGCACCCACAGUCCAUCUCCAGGCCCGCUGGGACCACGGCCAUGUUCACCUGCCAGGCCC